AUGACCCCACCCGACACCCAACUAACCUCUCUCGCCCAAUCCUCCCUAGGCCUCACCACCGAAAUCCACUGCUACUCCCUCCCCUACGGCGCCCUCGGCUUCACCUCCCACAUCCUCACAUACUACACCAUCCUCUGUCUCUGGUUCGGGCGCAAGCCCCUCUGGCCCUUCUCCCGCAUCCACUACUCCCAGCUCGACUUGGCGUUGGGGAUCCUUGGGCUGGGAGUGACCAUCGCCCUGUCGAUAGUGACGAUCUUGCGGUGUAGGAAUACGUGGCAGUUGUUGGUUAUUGCUGUGUGGAAGCUGGAUGUGUCGGUGUUGAAUGGGGUUACGGCUGUUCAUGUCGCGAUUUUGAUGAGGAGGCGGCUGGGGGGUGAGAGUGUUGUUGGCAAUGUGGAGGUGGGGAGACCGAUAUCGUUCUCUGAUGGAAAGGACGAAAAGGAGACAGUGGUGGGUGUUACACCCAUUCAAAAUCUACACUCAGAAGAGCGGCAACAACCCAUCCACGCUCUCCCCUUCAAAUCAGCUUCAUGGUGGAUACUCCUCUACAUCCCAGGAAUGCUGGCAGGCAUAAUCGGGCUCAUGUCCCUAAUCCACAAAUUCGGGCACGGGCACCAAGGCAUAGCCAAACUAACAGCAAGCUUCUACACCAUCGUCGGCAUCGGCAUAAUCACCUACCUCCUCGGGUCCAUCUACACCCUCUUCCACCUUUCUUCCCCGGGAAUCAUAUACAAGAUCGCUGUAGGCGGUUUAAUUUGGGGCUUGGCGGCGUUUGGGAUAUUGGCGGUGUUUUAUAGCGAUUGGGCGUUGGGCAUGAUGACGGGGAAUAUUUCGGGGUUGCCGAGUGGGGAUGUUGCGCCGUUGUAUUGGUCGUAUUUUGUGGGGAAGAGGUUGCCCAUGUUUAGUUUGUAA